UUUUACCGCAUGAUCCCCAACGAAGCCCCUCAAUACGAGGGGAUUGUCCGGCUGCUUCGGCAUUUUGGAUGGACAUGGGUGGGGCUUUUUGUUGUGAACGAUAACAGUGGAGAACAUUUCGUGCAGACCCUGGAACAGUACUUUUCCCGGAAUGAAAUAUGUGCAGCCUUCAUACAAAAACUCCCACAACAAGCACAUAUGUAUGACUUCACUACUUGUUAUGAAGUUACCUCUGAUAUAUAUGCUCAUUUCAUUGAUAAGGAUAAGAAAGCUGGGACUUUCAUUCUAUAUGGAGAAAACCUGAGCCUUACAUUGCUGAGAACUGUUAUGUUUUUUACAGGUAUUGCAAAUACAAACGACCUAGCAUUUGCAAAGGUAUGGAUUUUGACAACACAGAUAGAUUUCAUGUCAACAGGCCUUCAAAGAGCCUGGGAUUUUCAGUUUUUCGACGGUGCCAUUUCCUUCACAAUUCACUCAAAAGAUCCACUAGGCUUCAAUGCAUUUAUUCAGACCAUAAGUCCUUACUGGAAUAAAGGAGAUGGUUUCAUCAGUGAUUUCUGGGAACAGGCAUUUGACUGUUCAUUUCGUAAUCCUGGGAUGCCAACAAAGGCAAAUGGAAGUUGCACUGGGGAGGAGAAGCUAGACAGUCUUCCUGGAUCUCUGUUUGAAAUGGGCAUGACUGGCCACAGCUACAGUAUCUACAAUGCUGUCUACGCUGUGGCUCAUGCUUUGCAUGCCAUUUACUCAGCUAGAUCCCAGCACAGAGCAACAGGGAGCAGUGGAAGAUUCGAAAUUCAGGAUCUGCAGCCUUGGCAGCUCCACUCAUUUCUUAAAGGCAUUUCGUUUAACAACUCAGCAGGAGAAACAAUGUUAUUUAAUGAUAAAAGGGAAGUGGAAGGAGGAUUUGACAUAGUGAAUAUGGUCACAUACCCAAACAGUUCCUUCCAGAGAGUCAAAGUUGGAAGUGUGGAUCGCAGCAUCCUUGAAAGAAGAGAAUUCAUCAUUAAUGAAGAUCGAAUCAUGUGGCACAGAGUUUUUAAGCAGUUACUUCCUGUUUCUGUCUGUAAUGACCACUGCCAUCCUGGCUAUUAUAAGAAAAAGAAGGAAGGCCAAAAAUUUUGCUGCUAUGAUUGUGUGUCAUGCCCUGAUGGGAAGUUUUCAGACCAGAAAGACAUGGCUCUUUGUUCCCAAUGCCCAGAAGAUCAAUAUUCAAACAUGGACAGAGAUGGAUGCAUCCCCAAAACAAUAGAUUUUCUGUCUUAUGAAGAACCUUUAGGGAUCAGUUUAGCUUCAGUUGCUGUUUCUUUUUCCCUGAUCACAGCCUUCGUGUUAGGAACCUUUAUUAAGCACAGAGAUACCCCGAUAGUCAAAGCCAACAACCGAGAUCUCACCUACACUCUCCUCAUCUCCCUCCUGCUCUGUUUCCUCUCUUCGUUGGUAUUCCUCGGGCGUCCUGGGAAAGUGACCUGCCUUCUCCGACAAACUACUUUUGGCAUCGUCUUUUCAGUUGCUGUUUCUUGUGUGUUAGCCAAAACCAUCACUGUAGUCAUAGCUUUCAUGGCUACGAAACCAGGGUCCAACAUGAGGAAGUGGAUGGGGAAAAGACUGGCCAAUUCAAUUGCCCUCUUCUGUAUUCUUCUUCAAGCUAGUAUUUGUACUUUGUGGUUGAUGACCUCUCCCCCAUUCCCCCAUUCAGACAUGAACUCUAUAAUGGAAAUAAUCAUCGUGCAAUGUAACGAAGGGUCAGUCGCCAUGUUUUAUUGUGUCUUGGGCUACAUGGGUCUCUUGGCCAUUGCUAGUUUCAUUGUGGCAUUCCUGGCCCGCAAGUUACCAGACAGUUUUAAUGAAGCCAAGUUCAUUACAUUCAGCAUGCUGGCUUUUUGCAGUGUGUGGGUGUCCUUUGUUCCAACCUACCUGAGCUCAAGAGGAAAAGACAUGGUGGCUGUGGAGGUCUUCUGUAUCUUAACCUCCAGUGCUUGUUUACUGGGUUGCAUCUUUUCCCCUAAAUGCUACAUCAUUUUGUUGAGGCCCGAACUGAACAGCAGAGAGCAACUAAGGAGAAAGAAGUAA